AUGGCGUGUCGCGGCGGCUGCUGCUGCUCCAGCGCGGGUCGCCUGAACGCGGACAACGCGCGGUUCCUCCUGCUGGCGGUGCUGAUCGUGCUGUACAUGCUGUGCGGCGCCGCCGUCUUCUCGGCCAUCGAGCUGCCCACGGAGCGGGAGGCCAAGGAGCGCUGGGAGGCGCGGCUGGAGAACUUCACCCGCCGCCACAACCUCAGCCGCGCCGAGCUCCGGCGCUUCCUCCGGGAGUACGAGGAGGCCAGCGUGGCCGGCAUCCGCGUCGAUGACAUCCGGCCCCGAUGGGACUUCACCGGCGCUUUCUACUUCGUGGGCACCGUCGUUUCCACGAUCGGGUUUGGCAUGACCACCCCAGCCACUGUUGGAGGCAAAAUCUUUCUGAUAUUUUAUGGCCUUAUAGGAUGUGCAGGGACCAUUUUGUUCUUCAACCUGUUCCUGGAGCGUUUGAUCACUGUCAUAGCCUACAUCAUGAAGUCCUGCCACGAAAGACAGCUGAGGAGGAAAGGUGUCCUUCCUCACAACGGCCGGCGGGGUUCAGGGACCUCCGAGGUGGACAGCCUGGCAGGCUGGAAGCCCUCCGUGUACUAUGUCAUGCUGAUUUUAUGUGUAGCAUCACUCAUCAUUUCCUGCUGUGCCUCUGCAAUGUACACACCAAUUGAAGGGUGGAGUUACUUUGACUCACUUUACUUCUGCUUUGUGGCCUUCAGCACCAUUGGUUUCGGUGAUCUGGUCAGUAGCCAGAACAUGAAGUAUGAGAGCCAAGGCCUUUACCGCUUUGGCAAUUUCGUCUUCAUACUCAUGGGGGUAUGCUGCAUCUAUUCCUUAUUUAAUGUGAUCUCUAUUGUCAUCAAACAAUCCAUAAACUGGAUAUUAAAGAAGCUGGACUGCAGGUGCUGCCACAGAUGCCAAAGAAAAUUAUUUCGUUCACGGAGGAACGUGGUAAUGCCGGGAAAUGUGCGCAGCCGGAGAAACAUCUCCAUCGAGACUGAUGUUGUCAAUGAGAGUGACACAGAUGGACGCCGGCUGUCAGGCGAGAUGAUCUCCAUGAAAGACUUCCUGGCCUCCAAUAAAGUCUCACUGGCCAUCAUGCAGAAACAGCUGUCGGAAACUGCUAAUGGCUAUCCAAGGCAAAUGAGCAGUAAUUCAAAGCAAAAUGGAUUCUCUGGUGGGGUUGGAGCCCUAGCAAUUAUGAAUAACAGACUGGCAGAGACAAGUGUGGAUAGGUAAAAUAAUAGCAGUGAUAACAGUGAAACAGUAGGAACCAUUUCAACAAGUAUAUACAAAACAUGAAUCAAGUGGAAAUAGCUAGGGAAAGAGUGUCGCCAGAGGUUAGGAUGGAUGUGAACAGCAUACCUCCUGUUGGAUGACCUCUGACACUUUUGGGGGGCUGUCACUUAAUGUCUUUGCUCUUUGAGCUGCACCAGUCUCAGCCUUCCCUAUUCCCAUGCCUCAAAGAGGUCACUGCAGGAGAAAUUUAAUUUAGCCUUCAGAUGAAUUUUCUGAACAUGUCCUGUUCUCCUCCAUUUAUGUGAAAUACAGAUUUCAGGAUAAGAAAUCUGUGGUAUGGGAAGAAACCAAGUGUGUCUACUGAACAUAUUCUUAAUUCAAAGAUUGUUCUGAACUUUCUGUCUUGCUCUCGUCAUACCUGAUUUCUGAAAGUAGCUUAUCUGAGACCAAAGGAGGAAUCAGCCUUUCUAUGUGAUAUUGCAGAUCUAAUUUAAUGGAAUAAAACCCCCAAAGUAUUUUCUUUUAUACAUCACCUCUUAAAAUGUAUUCCUGUUAUGGAACAACUAGCCUUGAAAUCCAGCUUCUGCUGCCAUUAAUAUUUGUGUAAAUCUGGACUAACUCUAUGAAAAUUGGUAGGACUACCCUGGAACAAUUGUGAUGUGAAUGAGAAAAGAAUUUGGCCUUCAGUAUUUAAUGUAGUCUUCCCUUUAAAAGGAUACUGUCAAAUGUGAUAGAAUAAAAAUUUAUCUUACUUCUGUUUUCUUCUCUCCAUUUGCAAAACGUUAUUUUUUUUCUAGGCUACUUUUUCUAAAAUUGAAUCACUGUGGCUUUCUGUUUCGAAAAUAUCAAAUCAAAUUGAAAACUGCCAUGCUGACAAGUUGUAUGAAUUAUUCCACCAUAACAAUCAGAGACUUUUCCAAAUUUCUAUUCAUAUUAUGUUCAAUUGUGACUGAUGCAAUUGAGCAUCAGCAUUAUGUAAUGCAACUAGUAACUGAAUUUACACAACAGGCUUUACUAUGCAAUUAGAUUGCCAUGCCAACAUUCGGUGUAUUAUUAUAAGCAACUGUGAUGAUAAAAUCGCUUUGGCAGUGUGCUUUUUACCUUUCAUGCAAUUCUGUCAUUCUUCACCUGUUUUCGGGCUUUCAUUGAUGAUAAUGGCAGGGUCUUGAUUAGGGAAAUAGAAAAUGUUUAACUCCUCAUUUUUCUCAAUGAAAUGUUCCAAGUGUUCAUUAUGACUAGAAAGGAGACUUCAAUGAGAGGAAUAAUAACAGUGAGAAGAAUAUAAAAACAGGAAACAAGGUGAUCUUUAAUGACAGUGAAAUCAUGCUUUGUAUUAAAUAACUGGAGAAAUAAGGGAUUAAAUUAACAUAAAGUCUAGCAAGAAUUUGAGGAAGAGUGGGCUGGAUUCCUGAUUCUCCUUUAACCAUGCAGCGCAUUAAAGAUAAACAGUAUAUGAGAGUGUAAAUCAGCAGAAUUGGUCACAAAGGACCUGAUCUAAUUCCCCCUGAAGAGAACAGUACAUACAUUAGGAUUAAAUGCUUUCUUACAGCUAGAAAACCUUGCAGAAUACUACGAUUUUAGGGAAUUUAAAGCACCAGUAUGCAGUUCUUAUUCAGAACAAUGCAGAUAACCUCUUUAAUUUGUAUUAGGGAUUAAUAUCAUAUCCUUUUUCUUCAGUCUGGCCAAAAGUUCUUAUACUUAGGUUCCUAAUACAAUACUGUAGGACAACAUUUUAAUACUCAUUUUAAACAAUAUUUGAAUUUGAAAACCUCUUGGUUUCAAAUAGUUAAAUAUUCCAUACCUCUUGGAAACCUUUCAUAUCAGAAAGUUAACCCAGAUAUUAAACAACUGUACUUAACUAGUGAAAAGUCUAGCAAGCUCUUUGUGACAUAUUACUGCUAAAAUAUACUGCUUAAAAGUCAAAUCCUGCUGUCCUUAUUUACAAGGGGAGCUUCAAGCUGAAGCCAUUAGUCGAAAUUCUGAUAUCAACUCAUCUGUGCAGCAGUAGAAUAUCCCUAAUAGCUGCAUCCAUGUAAAAUCCAAAUCGGCUCCCAAACCCUAACUAUGGUGAGAAAAGCAAUCUGACUUGUUUCUGGGGCAGUUAUGCAUUAGCAAAAAUUGCCACUGAACUGUUUUAGAUUAUAGUAUAGUACCCAAGAUGCAUUACAUUGUUACACUUUUUUUUUUCUCCCAAGACCUUCUUUGUCUCAACCUCACUGAAUAAAAAUGCUUAGAUAUAAAAAGAGAAAAGUACUGCUCUGGAGCCAUCUUUCCAAAUUCAUUCAGCAAUGCCUCUGUUCACUGCCGGUAACCGUGAGAUCUCAUUGUUACAGAAGCGUUCCUCUUGCUGCCAACUAGCAGAACUAGUUUAAGACUUGAUUCAUUGCUUAAGCAGGGCUUUUAUUCUGAUCAGAACAGCCAUAGGCUUGAAAACUGCAGCUUUCUUCUCCCAUUAUGACAGUAACUCUUAGUUGCAGAUGUCCGAUUUUGCUGGGCACUGAACACAGAAGUUACUCAACACUACUCCGUUUUCCAGAUGAUUGAGGUAACGUGCAUUAUCAUCUCAGGCAAACAACCAAAACAUGCAAGUUUCUUUAGUUCAUUUAUUAUAUAGUUCCAUGUCAUCAUUAAUGAAGGACCUGGCUUCCACAUAGGACUUUUACUCAAAUCCUUCUAUAUCAAAUUAUCUU